UGUGCUUUUCAUUCUAGCCAGUUUGUUUGCACGCUUGAGAAGCAUUGACAUGUUUUGUCAUGAUUACUCAUCAACGACAGCAGCAGGCGGCUCCCCUCGUGUGUUUACAGCCACUGCACUGACGCGCCGCGUCGCGUCGGGUCUCAGCCCACUUUCUGAUGCUUUCCUGUGCGCUUCAUAGGAAUGGAAAAACAAACGUAAAAGUUAAAUUCCCGAUGACGCGGCGUACAUCCAUGAACUAUGUCUAAGAAAGUAGAUUACUGUCACUGUAUUAAAACUGUUAUUUAUGAUCAUGGCGGCGUCGCAGCGCGCGAGAAACUCUGAACUUAAACAGAUCGAAACAUGGAAGCGUCACAUUAUCAGACAGCUGAAAUAUCGCAACAGGACCCAGACGAGCGUCUUCCAGGAUCUCAUAGAGUCGUAUCACAGUCUGCUGGAGAAGUCCAAGCAAAGAGCCCUCAUAACCAAAGGCAUUCUGGGAUCAGGGUCAAGGCCCUCGCUAUCUGAAGAUUCACUGACAUCUCUACAAACAACCACCGGUGAGCUUGCAUACCAGGUGGUGGAACUGCAGCAGAGAAUCCAGAUGAAGGAAGUGACACUGGAUGAACAACACACCAAGCUAUGUGAGGUCCAAAACCAUCUCAGUGUUUUGGCGUCAGAGCACAGCAUGCUUCAGGAACACGUGACAGAGGUACAGACUAGAAACCGACUUCUGAAACAAGAAUAUGAUUCUCUGCUGGAGCAGCACAAGAACAUGGAGAGGACGUACCGACAAGAGAAACUCCGCAGCUCAGAGAUCCUGGAGAACAUGAUCCUUCCAAAACAGCAGGCUGCUGUCCGCAUGAACCACCGCAAUGAGAAGAGAGUGAGAGCCAGAGAGGCCAGUCUUCACAAAGAGCUUCAGAUGGCUGCCAGUAAGAAUGUGAAUAUUAAUGAAGAGUCUGGAAAUGUGUCACCUCCCAUACCAUCAUCCCCUAAAAGUGACUCUUCACAGAGGUUGGAGAGAUCCCAUGGGCCACUUUUCAGGUCUGCUUCAGCUACAUCUCCCCGCAUCAUCAGCUCCAUCAGAGGACUUUUUGAGAGGAAGAUGAGAGGUAAAUCAGUUUGCAGAUCAGAGGAAGACCUCUAUAUACCAUUAGGAGUUUGUCUGGUUGCCAGAGUCCCAACCAAGGCAAUUUUUACAAUGGAUGCUCAUGAGCUGGGAAUUAAUGCUGUGAGGUUCAGUACUAGUUCAAACCUGCUGGCUACAGGAGGAACUGACAGAGUCAUCAAACUGUGGGGCAUUGAAGCAGGAACUCUUCAGAACAGAGGGACAUUAGAUGGAAGUAACGAGGGGAUCACCAGCAUUGAGUUCGACCCAACGGGCACUCGGAUUUUAGCUGCGUCAUAUGACAAGUCGGCUCUAUUCUGGAGGCUGGAGGACAGCGUUCCCAAGGUUACAUUGACGGGUCAUUCUCGUAAAGUGACAGCAGCCAGAUUUAAAUACAGUCAGAGGCAGGUGGUCACUGGUAGUGCGGACAGGACCGUGAAGAUAUGGGACCUCCAGCGAGCAGCGUGCAUACAAACCAUUGAGGUUUUGUCUUUCUGUAGUGAUGUUGUGUGCUCGGAGUACCUCAUCAUCAGCAGCCAUUAUGACAAAAAAAUUCGGUUUUGGGACAGCAGAAUUCUGCAUGCGGUCAGGGCAGGGACCUGCACACAGGAAGUGCCUCUUCAGGGCAGAGUGACGUCACUGGACCUCUGCCCCAACCACAGGCAGCUGCUCAGCUGCUCCCGGGAUGACAUCCUGCAGCUGGUUGGACCUGAGAAACAGUAA